AUGUAUAUGAAAUAUAAAUUUUAUGUGAAUGAUUAUCGAGGAUUAUCUGAUGAUGCACCACCCCAUACAAGAAAACCACCAUCAAAAGAAGAUUCAAAAACAAUUCUUGAUCAUAUGAUAUAUACACUGAAAUUGCCAACACCAGAUUUAGUACUUUCUGUUAUCGGUAGUGCAAAAGCAUUCAAAAUGCCACAACGGAUAAAAAAUGAAUUUCAGCGUCGAUUAAUUUCAAUUGCUCUUCGCACAGAUGCAUGGAUUAUUACUAGUGGAACAAAUAGUGGUGUAAUGAAAGAAGUUGGUGAUGCUGUAGAUAAUUAUCGAUACGAAAUUACAAAAAGACUAAAAAGCAUUGCAUGUAUUGGUAUUACAAGUUGGUAUUUCAUAACAGAUUACGAACAAUUACAAAGCGAAUGGGAAAGAGCCCCGACAAGACUGAAUCAUAUUGUUUCGCCGAUCGGCGAAGUAUAUCAAAAUAAUCCUCAAUUGUAUCGAGUUCGACACCCAACAGACAAAAACGAAAAAAGCAAAAGUUGUCCACUUGAUCCGAAUCAUACACAUUUCAUAUUGUUAGAAGAUGUAUAUGGACCAGAUGAUAAUAUAUGGAGAAAAAGCUUUUUUGGUGAUAGGAACCCUGAUUUAACAGUUACCCGUAAUGAUCUUACUUUAAAAUUUCGCGAUAAAAUAGAAAAACAAGCAAUAACACCAACAGAUCCAAGUAAUUACCGGAAAUUGUUCAGUUCGAAAUUUACAUAGAGUCACAUGGGGUAAUUCUAACAAUCGCCUAAAACUUUUCAGAUAUUUUGAGCAUAUUUAAGUCAUCUUUCACCGGAGAAAUCAGUAUUAUGCAGGUAGAUAGAGCUGACUCUUAGUUAUCUACUAUAGGGGUGUUAAUUUAGUGUUAUUUUAGAAAAUAAAUAUAAAUGAAUCAUUUAUACUUAAAUAAUAAAGAUAAAUUCGUCAUUUAUAUUUAACAAAUAAAUAUAAAUAAAUGAAAAAAACAUUUAUCUUUAUUUUAUAAAAGUAAAUGAUUCAUUUAUAUUUAUUUCUUUAUUUCUAACUUUACUUUUAAAAAUAAAGGUAGAAAUAAAUAAAUAAAUAUAAAUGGAUCAUUUACUUUUAUAAAAUAAAGAUAAAUUUUUUUUCAUUUAUAUACGUUUGUUUUUUAAAUAUAAAUGAAAUGUUUAUAUUUAUUUUCUAAAUAUAUAUAAUUCAUUUAUAUUUAUCCGUUAUUAUAAAUGAACAAUAAAAGGAAAUUAACACCCGUAAUCUACUAAAAUAAAAAUUUUCUUAAAAUUCGUUAACAUUAAUUAUUGUCCAUCCAAAAAAAGAAUGGUAUAUGACUGUGUUUUGAAUAACUUUUGAUAGGAAAAAGCUAAAGAGCUCUAAUUUUCACCAUUCGAAAGAGGAGACUUGGGAACAUGUUUUCAUAACGAAAAUUGUUCCCAGAAGAGCUUUCUGAAACACGUUUUCUAGGGGAUCCUUGGAAAACUAGCUCGUGUGUAAAAAGUUUCCAAUAGGAUUGUAUUGAUUUGUUUUCACAGACUGAUAGCCCAGGGCGUCCUUUUCAAAUUGAGAGUCAAGUGAGACCUUGAUUUUCCGUGCUUCGGGCGUUGUAUCGGAUUUCCUACGAAUCCAGGACUAACACCUAGUGACGAUUGGUAGCCUUCAAGACGGAUGAACUAUGCGUAACCGACCACGCUGCGUCUCGAGGCAAUAUUUGUUUCUAGAAAAGUUUUAAAACUCUACCAAAAAGCGAGUUUUACGAAAAUUUGCAUUUUCAGGCUGUUUUCACCUAAUAUUAAAAAAUUCGCUAAUCACUCAGUAAAAAUCAGAACGACUUCAAAAUUUCAGAAUGUGGAGUAUUUAAGCUAUUCUUUAUCCUGUUCAUAAGAAAUCUCAAAAGAAAUUUCAAAAAACCCUAAGGUUUUACAAAAGGUUUUUUGGAUAACCGAACUCCAAAACUAUGCUUUUUCUAAUUUUUCUAUUGUACGAUCACGUUUAGCGGAGGAAAUUAAGCACAUUCUGAAAUUUUGAAGUCGUUCUGAUUUUUACUGAGUGAUUAGCGAAUUUUUUUAAUAUUAGGUGAAAACAGCCUG